GUGAACCGGUACCACUCGGUACGUACUACAGUGAAACUACUACAGUCUUCAUCUGGCCUUGUCGUCGUGUAGUGCAAGUGUUAGUGGCUCCCUCUCUGAAACAUAGACAUCGACUUUUAUUUCAUUGGCCACAUUACACAUGCCAUGGAAUGGAGGGAGAUGAGAGCGUGCUGGCUACGUGAAUGGCUGAAUUAUGCAACAGAGGAGAGCGGAGACCAGGUCACGGAAGGAGCAUUCGGCCGCUGGCAAGGGUCUUAUUAGCCAUAAGAGUCAAUCAGUUGGGCGGCUCGUCAACUGACGUUGUCGCCCGUCUUCUAGUGCCACCACCCAGUCAGACAAGUGUGUACUUCUACUAGCCGGCUGGGACUUGCAGUGCAAUAAUCGACGAGUGCAGAUCAGCCGCGCGCCAUCAUGUCUAACCAACACGAGUCGGCGGUUGUAGCCCGUCGCGUGCCCAAAAAGCGAAAAUUCGAUCCGACCGAAUACGAACAAUCGGCCGAUCGAACGUCGCCUCCUCGCCAUUACAACCAUUCUUCACAAGUGCCAGCAGCAAUGUCGGGACCGAGUUCGCUGAUCUCAUCGUCUGUAGUAGUAGCGACGAUCGCUUCGACGACGGCCAGCAGUCCUACGCUUCUUCCUCGAGUCGCCUCUCCUCCAGCGGCUCACGUCGAUCUCAACGAAUGGCGUUGCCAUCGUGUCCUCGCCAAAGUGGCGAGUCGCUACUUGACGGGCGUCAUUCGCAGUGGUCACGGGCACAGUGACGUUCUCGUCCAGCUGGAUGGACACGAACAGCCGACUCUUUAUUCGGAUGUCACUCGUGCCGGGAAAUUCGAUGUCAUCAGCGAUGCCAGUCCGUCGCCGUCUCAGUUGACGCUUGGCGCUAGGGUGUGCCUCCGCGUCGAAAGUCAUCCGCAAUUGGCCGUCUUCGUCGAAGGCGUUAUCUGCCAAAUAUCCAACAAACCCAUACAGUACCUCGUUCGUACCAUCGGACAAACUCCGGAUGUCGAAUGUUGGACCACUCGUCCGUCUCUUCGUCUCCUACAGCCGCCUUGGUGGGAAGAGCUGGAAAACGGGCCCGAACCUCUACUGCCACCAACUACAGAAACCUACCAGCCAUUGGUCCAGCCCGAUCCGCCGGUGGUCGAGUUCCACAAUGCGGUCGCCGACAGUUACCCAUCUCGCCCCGCGACGCCCGCAGAAGUUCAUGUCGAAGCUCAACAUCAUCACAGUGCGGAAGCAAUGAUGCCAAACACCCUUUCUAGUGGCAGUGAAGAGCUUGUACCUUCCGCCGGCCGUCCUUCGUACCACGAGUACGAUUACGGCGGCGAAAGCGACGAAGAUUUGAAAAGAGAGGACAUUACCUUCCAUUCGGAAUCGGGGUACACGGUGGCCGGUAGGUCGCUUUCCUUGACGCCCGGUGCUCUGGCGGACGGUGUAGGUGGUGUAGGGGAUGGCAAAUUUUCUGGCAGCAGUGGAAGCAAGCGGAGCAGUAUGCAAAGCCGCGGUAGCAGUUGCAGCAUUCUGGAUCCGUCGCCGGGCGGAAGUUUGACUCCCCGUUCCCAGCCGACGACGCCCAGUCCGUUCCCAGGCGCCCGCUCUCUCACCGGCACUCCGCAAAAAUACAAGAAAGGUGACGUUGUGGCCGGUCCGAGUGGCAUUCGCAAAAAAUUCAACGGCAAACAGUGGCGCCGCCUUUGUUCUAAAGAGGGUUGCAAUAAGGAAUCGCAACGAAGAGGCUACUGUUCGCGCCAUCUCAGCAUCAAGGGCAAAAAUCUGCGCUCUUCCGGCGCAGCUGCCUCCUCGUCCAGUUUGGGCGGUCUGACGUUCGCGCCAGGAGGCAACAAACUGGUGGUGAUGAAGGGUGCAGACGGCCACGAUAUGGACUGGGAGGAGACUCUGUCACGAGAUUCCGUCGAACCGUCUCCUUCCGGCAGCUAUAGUACGAGCAAUAGUACGCCGACAGCCGAGUCCGGUUUGCAGCGAUCGCUGCGGAUUGGAGCUGUUGCAGCUGCGGCCACCGGUGGUGGUUGUGGAGGUGGCGGUGGCGGUGGCGGUGGCGGUGGUGCAAGAGACGGAUUAUCUUUAGAAGAAACUGAGGCGGCCAAUAUGUUAGUUUCACUGAGUAAUUCACGCUCAACUACACCGGCUGCUCAUUAUGGAUUGGCAACGGAUCUCUCAUCGACAUCGCGUCACCUCCAAUCGCCACCCAACUCUCACGUGUUGACUGUUGGAAUGCGUCACAAUCUGUUUUUGCCCAUUUCUCAGCCGACUGCCAAUAGCACGGCCGCCUUGUCCACGUCGACGGGUGCAUUCCAACGAAGUCAAUUGGCCUCCUCUUCUUAUACGCAUUGUAAUAAAGAGUCCUCAAUUAUCCGGCCAGUUGGCCAUUCGAUGCCUAGGGCUAUUAUUCCGUCGCUUACUUCCUAUCACCAUCAACUUCACCAACAUCCCGGAGUUAUUCGACCAGAGUUACAGCGGCCCGGUUUACUUCCCGUUUCGUCCAGCACGAGUGUUAUCAGGAUCUCGCCGACCACCCAGCACAUGGCCCAACAUCCGGUCAGCUUUACGCCGCCUAUCGUCGUCAGUCAAGCCCAGAGUAGUCAGUCACCGUCGUCGUAUCCGUUGAAUUUGCAACAGCAACAGCAGCAACAGCAUCAACAUCAACAUCAACAUCAACAUCAACAUCAACAUCAACAUCAACAUCCAUCUUUUCAUCAUAAUAUGAUGGAUCCGUCUUCUACCAAUUCUCCGUCACCGGGCCAAUAUCAGCAGUCUAGUGAGGACUCCUCCAAACAUUGGUAUCGACACAAACAUCAGUCCGGCCAGCAAGGUGGGCCGCCACUACUCCAUCAAGCGUUGACGGGCAGUGCUCACUCUCACCAACGGCCAUCAACGUUGACGGUGAUUCAAACUGGCCACAAUCAGCCAGGUGGAUCUUCGUUGUCCAGCCCUGGUGGUGUGUUGAUCGCUCCCAAUAACGUCCCUCUGAAUCUUCACGUGGCCAAAAGCAAUCCAGCUCUUCACCAACCUUCUGCCGGACAGUCUAGUUAUUCCAUCAUCAGCCUAGUGCAAACAGAAUCGUCUGCUCAGCCGGCUCAUCAGCAGCCGAAUCAUCCGCAAUACAACGGGCAGGAAGAAAAUUUCACGGCGGCAACCAUCCGUCCGGCACCGCUGUAUUACCUGAUUCCUUCCAAAAGCCUGGUGGAAAAUUCUGCUAAUCACGUGCCUGUUCGCUCCAAUAACGGCCAUGUUGCCAAUGAGGAGGAAGAAGGUCGUCCAGGUAUUAUCAAAAUGCAUGCGUUGAAAGGAGGGUCAAAAAAGGAGCCACCUGCAUCACCGACUGCUGGUAGUCAAUGGUGGUCUCAGCAGAAUCAGGCCCGCAAUGGCCUCACUUCAACUCGUGUCGGUGUUUCAGCUUUCCAGACUGUUUCGACGGAUAAAUCGGGCCAUGAGACGGACAGUAAACAAGAGGAAAAUGGUUCAAAAGCGUCAAUGGAUUCUUCAUCAACUACAGAAACAGCAACCAUGGUGAACGCCGAAAACGGCGGUGGUGCGAGGGUGGCAUCCAGGGAAUCAGUGGGUGAACGGCGUCGUUCAUCCGUCACGCAAGAUCUGACCGAAUACACGUACUCGGUCGCCGGGGAACCUGACGCCGAGGUUGCCGACGACGACGACGUUUUCGAAAUGGAUGCUAGUGGUGGAGGAGCCGAGCCGGUUGUGCCUGGAAACAGUUCCGCUGCAGGGGUAGGAGGAGCUGUGAGCGAAGCGAAGCGCCGCACUCAGUCGCUGGGAUCUUUAACAGGAGAACCUAAAAGCCCACGCAAGGCCAAAGAGAAAGAUCAUGUUCGGCGGCCCAUGAACGCUUUCAUGAUCUUCAGUAAGAGACAUCGGGCCCUUGUUCACCAGCGCCAUCCCAAUCAAGACAAUCGGACGGUUUCAAAAAUUUUGGGUGAAUGGUGGUAUUCGUUAGGACCGCAGGAAAAGCAAAAAUAUCAUGAUUUGGCUUUUCAGGUAAAAGAGGCCCAUUUCAAAGCGCAUCCCGAGUGGAAGUGGUGCAGUAAAGACAGGCGCAAAUCGGGAUCGACCAGUUCGUCCAAAGGCGAUGCCAAAGAGCCUCGUGGCACGCUCGGUUCCACUGGAGAUUUAUCUGCCGAAGAACACAAAGUGGAUCCUCCUCCCGCUCCGCAACCACAUCCGUCUUCAAUUAUGGGACCACCGUCUGCUGAAUCGACCCUUAAUCUCAACGGUCAUCAGACUAAGGCCAACAAACUUCGCCGCCAGGCUUUAAGUGAAGACCUUUCUGAUGACGAUCGCAUGGAAAUCGACCUACAGUGUCGGGAACAUGUUGUCUCUGAUACGGAAUCCGAGGCAGAGAACCCAUGUGAUGUGCCUAAUAGCAAUUCUUCGUUGAUGCAACGCGAACCGGCCCUCUUUCCUCAACAACCCUUUGGCAGCCCGUCGUCAAUUGGACAAAACAACUCGGAGGUUACUCAUCGUCCUAAAGCCAUCAAAGCCAAACCCACACCUUUAUUUGAGGGCGACCCUAGGCCGGCAACAUCUGACUUGUACACUGGCGCACCCAGCGGUCCAGCAGGUCCGCAAGUCUUUCAUCCGACAGGAGGAGCGUUCAAAAGCAUGCCUUCACCUAAGGUGACAUUUCAACCGUCCUUUGACUUUCCAAAGUCUAGCCCUAAAGAACCGAAAGAAGACGCGAAAAGAUGGACAGGAUCUGUACCCAACAGCCCAGUUGCUAAAGAUGACGCAACAGUCGAAAGCAAACGUCCGAAAACACCGCCGCAAUCUUCAGCUGGAAUGUACACUUCUCUUCCGUAUUUCGGGCAGUUUGACAAUAUGCACCAUCCUCCAUUUUACCGUCCGGGACCGUCCAAUGUUUCUCAUGGGUUACCUAUAUCGAGUGGCUAUGCUCAAUCCACGUUGGUGAUCCCUUCCGGACCUUCUUUUACCUCUAUGUCGAGUAAGCAUUCCCUACCAGCUGGAUUCUACCCCCCUCAAGCACUUUUAGUUCGACCAACGACUUCACAGCAUGAACAGACCUACGUAUCGUCUGGCCAGAAUCACCAGAAUCACGUCACGCCCACGUGGUCGUUGAAGCCGUCGGUGAUCGUCAGUAAGGCUCCUUCAUCCGGCCAAUUGAAUAGUGGCAACCAUUCUUUAGCUCCAGCUGGAAGUAUUUCGAAUGGAACACCCAUACGGCCGCCUUCACGCGAGAUGAUUCCGACGUCAUCAUCGGCCCAGUGUUUUGCCGGUGUCAUGAACAUGAAAUCAGGAACGUUGUGCGGCACACUGACUCCUGUUACACUCAACGACUUGACUAGACCAGCUCGAAUCAAAGCCGUCACGGCAACCAUUCCUGUGGCCAGCGAGAUGGAGUACGCCCAGACUGCGCCCAGUCCCAACACGAGCAGCAGUCACAAUAAUAGCAAUAGCAGCACGUCUAGGCAGAGCAGUACUCCUAGUACACCCAGUACGCCUGGUGUGUCGGCUCAUCAGAGCGACCCACCUGGUUUAAUGCCUCCCCCAGAAUUACCCAAAUUUGUUUUGGCGCCUACCCCGGCUCAAUUGGGGCGUGCACCUUUUCAGCGAAGACAGUCAUCGACGCAGUCACUAUCACCGACUGGAUCUUCUUCUCAUAGUGGCGAAGAGGAACCUACAAGUCCAGGUGGUGGUUAUGGUUCGGCUCCUGUAUGCAGUCCCACUGUGGGAUCAGCUAACGUAUCCGGAGGAGGUUCAUUGCGCUGCUAUGCAGGUUUCACAGUUCCUACAUCGUCCACGCCAUCUACUCCCAACGUGCCUCCUUCUCCAAAUCAAAAUAGCAUGCAACAGGCUGCGGCCAAGAAGAGCAUGUUCAAGCGGACCAAAGAUGACGGAAUGGACAAGGUGUUGGAGCAAGUGAACUUUGACGAGAAAUUUUCCCACCUGCCAGAAUUCAAUCCGGCUGAUUGCCAAUCACCCAGUGCACUUUCAUUACCAUCCAGCCCGCGGGUGUUUGUGCAAAACUAUCGUCGAAAGAGAGUCGCUUCCACCACAGAAGAAGAGGGAGAUUCUGACGUGUCCAACACAAGUGCUACUCCGCAAUCGGGAGCUGUUGUAGGACACAAAUUCUUUGGGCCAGACUUUAGCCUCGAUGCCUUCAAAGCCGAAGGUAACGAAGGCGACGUUUGCCUUUCUCCCGGUACUCCGAAGACACCUGCCACGGGAAAAGAAAGUGCCGAAAAGAACUUUUCUUCUUUGCGGAGAAUCUUGGAUCAAAGAAGGCAAUUAGUGAUUCAACUUUUCCAAGAGCAUGGUUCCUUCCCAUCCACACAGGCUACCAGUCUUUUUCAGGCUUUACACCAAGAUAUUUUCCCGACCAAAUCCUGUCUUCAGUUGAAAAUUCGCGAAGUUCGCCAGAAAAUGAUGGCACAGUCUACGACUCCGGCUAGCGGCAAUAGUGUGGCCACCUCGAGCGUUUCAAGUGGAAGCAACAAUGCCUCAAGUAACGCCUCGGGAUUCAGUGGUAGUGGAUCGACCGACGCCGUCGAUGGGGAGGGGAAUGACGUGAUCGAUUCGGUCGCGGCCGAUGGGGGAUCGUAGAUGACCCUCAGCUAUACUGCAUAAUGCCGUAUGUGGCGACAAGACUUUGUGACAAUCCCACAAACGUUAUGGAUAUUAGUGACUGUAUGGAAACGCAGCACAUAAUAUUCCAAGAUACUCUAAAGGAUUUAAAAAAUAAUUGUUGAUUUCUUUUUUUUUUUUUUUUUAUUCUUUGAUUUGUUAGGUGAUCAUUUAACAAUUUUUAAAACGGUAUAGAUUUGUUGUUUCGAAGGAAAAAUCCUUUAGAUAAUUCUCGUGUAUUUUUAUGAUUGAAAAUUCGUUUUUCCUUUUUCUUGUUUUUGGUGGUCAUCAUUGGAAUAGGGUCACGUAAUUCUGUGGAAAACAGUCCAAUCGUGCUCCCAGGCUAGGACAGUAAACAGGCAAUUUUAAAUCUUUUUUUUUUUUUUUUUUUUUUGUUCUUUUUCUUCUUUAAUGGACAUACAGUUAAUUGUCGUUGUGAUUUUCGCUCACGAGACAUGAAUUGCUGCACAUUUCAAAUUUGAUUUCCAGUUCUCUCUAUUAAUACUUUUUGUCACAGUUAAUGUUUGUCCGGAUGGCACAAAAAGUUUCUACGUGUUGUUGUUUCCUUGUGAGAACACUACGUAACAUAAUAUGUCGAUGACAAAUUAAUUGUGAACGGUUAAACAGUUCAUUUGAUGAUUUUCUCUCCGUCGGCGUGGUUACGUUGAUUCAUAAAUAUGCUGGCGGCACGGUUAAAAAACGUUAAAAAGCUAGAAAUUGACACUUGAAUGUGUGUAAUAUGUGUCGAUGUGUGUCAUUUUUCGUUUCCCAUUCGACCGUUACUUUUUUCUGUCGAUGAAACCUUCCUUCUAUUUGUUUUAAUAUUAUAUAUUUAAACUGUGAUAGCCCUUUGUAUAACUUCAGCUUCGUCUGCGCGCCGUAAAGUGUUAUGGAGAUGUCGAGUACGUGCGCAAUGGUAUACAGUAUUUGGAAUUGGAAUGUUGAACCAUAAACGCUGAUUAAUUUGAGGAAAAAAUAAUACAGAUUUUUUGGAGAAAAAAAAACAACAAACAAAAACUGUCUUAUAGCCUUCCACUUCGUUCUUCAACGAUUGCAUGUUCGUUGAUCAAACGUAAGAAAUACACUGUAUUAAUACCACGAA